AUGUCAGGAAUUUCAACACGGUAUUACCAGCGUAUUUUUGCAGCUUCCUCCACAAUGCCUUUGUUAUUGUUCCCCACCGCCAUCACCACGGCGAAGGAACACCAGCACAGCGCGUCAUGCCCAAGACGCCACCAGAGUGUUACCAGCCCGGCGAGGCUCCCUGGCGACGGCGCAGCGUUGCCAGACAAAGGCAGACGCGAGGUCACGCCGACGGUGAUCCUGGGGAGAACAGGUGUACCCGUCGAGGUCACGCAUGAGGUCACAGGUUCGUCCGUCGACGGCGUCCUCAGCGUCUCCGCCGGCGACGGGACGACCGCGCGCUUCCGUGUCACGACCUCUGACCUCGCGCCGGACGGGGUCACCGAAGGCCCAGGACGAUGCCAGGUGUCACUUGAGGACGAAGGAGUGUCAGAUGGAACGACCGGCGCCCCUUUCACGCAGUCUGACCCUUCUGGGCAAGACGAGGCCCUCGGGGGUGACCCGACGGCUGGCGUGACCUCAUACACGCCUAUGACGUCACAAGAAUCAGCCCCCUGGCUGGAAGGGGUGACGUCAUCACGGCACGACCUGAAGUGCACGCUCACGCGCACGCACACAGCUUUCACGCUCCAGCACACGUACCUUCAUCCCGGCCGGUACGACCUCCUCGCUCGUUUCCAGGACACUCAUGCGCCGUCUUACUGGGAGGUCGUCGCUGAGGUGGUCGUUAAAGAGCUGCUCGAGAUCACACUCGGCCCCGCCAAGGUCCUCGCGCUGGGAGCCGAGGGCGCUGCUGCUCACGCCCACAUCAGCCUCACGCCCAUCUUGGACACCCGUCGCCCUCCCACGGACCAUGAAGAUUUCACCGCCCAGCCCGCGACGCACUUGUCUCCGCCCGCGACGCACUUGUCUCCGCCCACUCGCGCCCAUGAAGCAUUCACGCCUCCCGGUCGUACGUCAGGAGGCUCUGACGCGGCAGGGCCACUGGCGCCCACGCCCGCGCCGCAGCCCUUCCUCGCGGGUGGGCCUUCUCCCGCCCACGACCCGCAGCUGUGCCCGGGAGGAGUCUUAUCGUGGGCGUGGAGCUUCGGUGAUGACACGGGCCCCGACACCAAGACGGAUUCGCGAAGGAGGGAGGAGAUGGAGACGCAUGAAGACGCCCGCGUGAUGAAGGAGGGAGAAGAUGAGAGGAUGGCGGGAAUAAUAAAGACGGAAGGGAGGGAGAGCGGCGGAGGCAGAGACGGAAGAGGGAGACAAGGAGGGCUAAUAACUGGUGCGAACGGAAUCGACGAGGAUCGGGGGGCGAGCGGAGACGCCGGAGCAAAGGCCUCCGCCGCCGCCCGGGAGGAGCUCAAGGAGCGCGAGAACAUCGAGAAGGCGAAGGCGAAGGGAGCUCCUCCUGAGGCCGAGGAUGACACCACCGCCUCCACCUCCACCACUGCCACCUCCUCCUCCUCCUCCUCCUCCAACACCCACGGCCCCGACACCUCCUCUCCCGCCCCUUCGUCGACCACCGUCCACCACACUUACCAUAAACCCGGGCUGUAUAACUUUAGUGCCCAAGUUCUGUGCGACGGCCGCCCGCGCUGGAGGAAACCCGUUGCAGGAGCCUUCCUGGUGCGGUGCCGAUCCGGGGCGUGGAAAUCAGCGUGGCCGAGAGGGACGUCGUGCUGCCGCUCCUUCCCUUUGGCCUGCGAGAGGAACGGACGAGGAACGUGUCCAUAAACAUCUCGGUGGCGGAGGGAUCGCACCUUGACCCCCUCGCCCUCGAGCUGGAGGAGGGGGUCGAGUUAUUCUCGAGGCCUGACGUCGACGCGCAGAACGGUGGUGGAGGGUGGGUUGCGGAGUUCCUCUGUAACUGGAGACGUCCCGGCCGCUACCGCCCCAGGGUAAGAGUGAGCAACCCCCUCGGGAGCGAGACGGUCUCACUGCGAACAUCCAUCCUCGUUCAGAGCAUCCCACAGGCGGUGGUGUUAAUGAGGCCCGUGGCGGAGGUGGGCCAGGAGGUGGUGUUCCAUGCCCUAAGUAAUGGCACGGAUGUCCGCUACGACUGGACGCUGCCGAGGGGCGAGGUUCUCCGUGAUGCAGGUGGGUGUGGCUCCGAGGAUGCCUCCAUUACCGCAGAGGGUGCGAAUGCGUCGGUAGAGCCGUGAUUUCGGCGUUGA